AUGAUGAUCAGGAUGCUCAGGACGCAUCGUCCAAGACUCCUCCGUGUCUUUGGGGCUCAACGGCUGUUCAAAUCUGAAGUGCGGGCGCCCACUGAGCUUCUUGUGGAUGCUGAUACGCACAGCCUGGCUGAGAUCAAGAAAGCAAUUCAAUGCUUGGAGAAGGAGGGCCGUAUGGUCCGGACCGCCGUCUACGCAGCACCUGGCAGGGAAAGAAACAAUCAAUGGUGUGCAUUCAUGCAGACACCCGACGUCAACUUCUGCCCUGUACCUCGUUGUGGCGGUGAAGCAAAUGAUGCUGCACUGAUAGCCAAGAUCAGAGAGCUUGCUAGUGGCCCGCAGAAGAAGCAGAUUGCCCUCAUGGUGCAAGACAACGGCUUUUUACCAAUGAUUCAAGACAUCUCGCCGAGAGCGGAUCUGGUAGUCCUUGUGCCGUCGAGGAAGUUCAACGUUCUUCGCAGGUUCGAGAAAGCAGGCGUGCGAGUUCGGUCGCUGGACCCGAUAAGGGACACUAGCCCGAGGAUCAGGGCACUUCUCCACGCAGACGGGACGGGCAGUGUACAAUUUGCUGAUCCCUAUAUCUCUUAUGACAGCAGUGCGCAGGCUGAGCUUGUCCGAGGUUUCGUAGGGGACUUGGCCUAUGACGCCGGUGGUUACUUGAUUCAUGCCACCUCGAAGUUCUGGUUCCAGAAUGGAUUGGGUCCUAUCACGGUGUUUCCACAUCAGUGUGCAACCCAAGCUGUGCAUGAGGUUAUGGAAUCGCGGGGACAUGGGCGCUGGAAGCGAUGCCAAAGCAGCCUUGCCUUCGUGAUUCCCAAGACAUCCCCUGGCAGCAGUACUUCUAUGCAAGUGCAUCGCUAUGGAAGUGUUCUGGCAAGACGUAUCUUUAGAGGAGGUGGUCCUUUCAUGCUGCCGGACGCACCUGUUCUGACAAGCCAUGUGUUGCGAAGACUGGGCUACCUCGACGACGACCUGAACAGCGAUUUGGCCGAGGCCAUGAUUGUUUUCAUCAACAUGAGUGACAACAAGCAUUGCUUGCGCAAGCUGGGAAUGCUCCCAUCCUCAAACGACACCCCACCAGAAGUCGAAGACAGGCUGCGGGCGGCUUUCCUGUCCCACCAGAGCGCGGGAUUGUGGCAGGGAGCCCCCAUGGAUGGUCGAGUUCGUCAAGUGCUUGAGCAACGUGGUCUGCUGGAAAGUGCAAGCAAAGCAAGCAAAGCCCAGGUGCUCAAAGCAAUGCGGAGCUUUGCCUCCAGUGCCAAGCUUCCCCCGGCUCGCACAUACAAUGGACACGUCUGGCAGAUCCAGUCGCACCUGACAUCUGACAAUUCCUUGCGGACGGCUGCGAUCACCUUUGAGCUCUAA